CUGUUAAAUUGUCUAUAGUGUUGUAAAACUAUCAAAGCUGGAACACAUUUUGGUUAAAGAUGUUAAAAUACAUUAAACUGCAUUUAAAUAAAUAACUGAAUAAACUGUUCAGAAAGGACUUUUAUAUAUUUAAAAAGCUACAAAAUAAAGGCCAUACAGGAGUCCUUAGGCACUGGAACUGAGAGAGAUUCAAAUAAUGUCCACUCCAUCGCGGGAUAUUAACGAUUUGUUUGACGAUAUUGUUUUGACGGAGGAGAAGCACGCUCGCCAGGGUUACGACGAGGGAUUAGCUGACGGACAGGAGCAGGGCAACGAGGAGGGCUACCGUCUCGGAUACGCCCAAGGCGUAAAACUAGGCGAGGAGCUCGGAAGGAUUCUGGGUCAAGUGGUGGCCCAGCAGCAAUUAAAUCACACAGAGAAAGUGAAGCGAAGUCUGGAACAACUUCGUGGGCUUAUUGAGGAGUUUCCCCGUACAAACGACCCGGAAGCAGACAUUAUCGGAGCCGUAGAAACUAUUCGAAACACCCAUCGUCGUCUUCGUGCUCUCUUGGGAACUAAGAAAAGUACUGAAUCUUCAUCUCCAAACCAAUCUAGCUCCGAACGUAAGGAUUACAGUUUCUAG